AUGCCGCCGUCUCUGUCAUCCAUAGAGCGUAACAAUCCGCCACCUCGGCGGAAAUCGUGCGCAGCAUGCAUCAAAGCAAAACGGCGGUGCGACCUGCACCAGCCCUCCUGUCUGCGCUGCACGCAGAGGAGGAUCGACUGCUCCUAUCCCGCGCCCGCAGGGACCCAUCCCAAACGGCGUGGCGACACAUCUUCGUCUCCGUCACAGUCGGAGACGAGCCCAACUGCGCAGGCGCAAGAUGAGCUCAUCAUGAAAGACGUCGCUUUGACAGAGACGUCUACAUCGUGGGAGUCGAGCUUCGACUUCAACAUAGAUCUAUCUCCAGCAUACACUAUUAACGCCUCGUGUGCGCCAUUCCCGAACAUCUCAUUCGAUGAGCCGGCGUUCCAUGGGCUGGAAUUCCUCGAUGAUGUAGCGGAUACGCAUAAUCUAAAUCCUAUGAUGCCGACGCCAGCGCCGACAGUAGAGCUAGGGCUAGAGGACCCGAUGCCCCUGAUCCAGCGGCCUAAGUCUACCGUUCCGAAUUUUUCCAGGAUAGAUCUCCUGCGCGCGGCAUCGGAACUGACGGACAAACGCCUGCGGUACACCAUCGAUGUGUACAAGAGCGCGCCGGAAGAGAUGGUUCUUACGGGCGGGACCCCGUGGAGUCACCCGGCUCUCUAUCAAGACUCCAUGCCCCUAUGUUUAGAAGACGCCGUCGCAGCCAGCGGUCUGUACCGCGCAAAGAAUUCCAUCAACGGGCCUAUGAUCCAGCGCAUCGUCGAGCUGCGGUACCGCCGCCUGCUCGCGGCGCCAGUCCCACCAAGCAUACCAGAGCAGCUGGCGCGCACGCACGCGAUCAUCCUCUACCAAAUCAUGCUCUUCUUCGACGAAUCGUGUCCGUCGCGCGCUCUAUCGCAAGAGACGGUCUCAGUACUCGUAGACUCAGCGAUCGCGCUCCUCGAGCACGCGGACUACGAGUCGCCGGACUCGGACGCAGACAGCCCGUCCUCCAGAUCCAUCCCUCUGUACCCGCUGACCGCGGCCCGCGCGCUCUACGCGGACUGGGUGUUCCAGGAAUCGCUCCGCCGGACCCUCCUGAUCGCCUUCUUGCUCUCGCAGAUGCAGAGCCUCUUGCAAGCUGAUUUCUCCAGCUUCAUUCCGCGCCCCUUCGACGACGCCUCAUUGACAGCCGAAGAAGCAGAGUGUUUCGGGCCCUCGGAUGCAGCGCCGUCCGACGCGUCCGCAUUAGCAGUGAUCCGGCUCGCGCUGCAAGAACAGCAACAACAGCAACAGCAGCAGCAGAGCUCAUCUAAGAGGUGCGACCCUAGUUUGUUGCUCUGCCAGAGCUUCACGCUGUCCGCGCACUUGUGGCACGCGCGAGAUGCGGUCGAUUUCGCCGUUGCGUGGCGGAAUAAAAAGCAUCUCGUCGUGAAGCCGUUUAAUAUAUGGAAGCGAAUCGAUACGGCGCAGGUGGAUGAUAUCGAUAAGUUGGGACGUAUGAUUAUGACUUCGGGCAUGGGAAUGGAGGAGGCGAAAGGGUGGUUUGCGUCGAGAGGGGGGAGUCUGUGA